CAUAGGUGUUGGGUGUUUCCUCAAAAAACUUCCUAGUCACAUCGUCAACAUAGGAUGUGUAUCUAUUUUUAUAUAGGGUGAUUACUGCUUCAACCGUAAUGGUAGAUGCCUUCUUCAGGAACUGAAGUACAUUCUUUCAAUGAGGUGUGGACGAAGAAACAACUAACACUCCCUAUUAAAGCUUCUCACAAAUCAAACAGUAAUUCCAGCGACAAAGAAGACUUCGAUGACCUGUUGCAUUUAAAAUGCAGGCUUAUAAAUACCGCAGGAAAUGAAAGAAGUGAAGUCGAUGUAAAAGUACCAUUCGAACGUCCUAAUUUUCACAGAAAAGGAUCACCGGUUUAUACCGUUGGCAAAAAAGAAAAGCCCACUCUAGAUGUUGUAUUAGGAAGCAUCCCUUUAGUUUAUAAUCCGCACACUAAACAGCUUGAACUUGAAUCUCGUCCAGAAUCAAAUAAAGACAGUAAAAGUUUUUCUUAUAGGUUAGGCAAUGGAACCAGUUUUUCAAUGGAUCGUGAUGGCUCCCUUGUACAGAGGGACCUCUACGAUGCAGACCGACCCCCUUGCGAGGCAAACCUAUCCAGUGCCCGAAGCAAAGGGAUGCACUCGCACAGGGACAAAAUUGAAACGCUGGGUAGAAAAGUGGAGGAAGCGGAAAAAGACGUGAUGGAUGAAGAAACGGAUGAUGUCUGUGCUGAAAAUGUGGAAAAUCACGUCCAGCGAUCACCUACAACAGCGUCGCUUCAGCAUACAGAUACAUCCUCGUUCACCAGCAUGUCCUCUGUAGGUACAGAACAUUCAUUUUGUUUAGGAGAACAACACGCUGGAUCUAAUCCUUCCCUGUGUUAUUCCUGUGAUAAUUUGCAGAGUUUACCUGAUGACUUGCACAAAGGUGCUAAGCCAAAGAAAUGGGGUCUUUCAAAUUUGUUUCUGAAGCUUCCUUGGAAAUCAAAAUCACCAAUUGAAGAUGAAGUUGAACCAUUAGAGCAAAAUCAGAGAUGCCCUUCUGCGUGCUCUUCAAGCAGCCGUAGAAGCGAUGAAUGUGUAGCUAGCUCGACCACAGCACUUAUAUUGGAAAAUAGACCUCCGAAUCUUCCUGCCAAAUCAUUUGAAGAAGAAAUAAAACAUAAGCAGUUGUAUGAGGAAAUGGUUAAAGGUGCAAGGAAAAAAGAAUUACAAGAUGCAAAAUAUCGGAAAAAGCUUGCAUAUCAGCAACAAAAACUUGAAGAACAGCUUAUUAAUGCGACAAAAGCUUGGAAUGAUGACAUUUUGCCUCAUUGGAAUUCAUCGAAAGACAAUAGGAAAACCAAAGAAUUGUGGUGGAAAGGUCUUCCUCCAAGCAUUCGUGGUCGUGUGUGGAAGUUGGCAAUUGGUAAUGAAUUAAAUAUAACCCAAGAAUUAUUUGAUAUCUGUACAGCUCGUUCCAAGGAAAAAAUUUGGGUAUCUACUGAAGUAAUAUCUACAUGUAGUAAUGAAGAAACAUUAGAAGUGAAUGAAAGUGCUGCUGAUUUCAUCAAAUUAGAUGUUUCACGUACAUUUCCACAACUAGGAAUAUUUCAAGAGGGUGGACCAUAUCAUAAUACACUAGAGGGUAUUUUGGGAGCUUAUGUGAUAUACAGACCUGAUAUCGGUUAUGUUCAAGGAAUGUCUUUCUUAGCUGCAAUGUUGCUUUUAAACAUGGAUGCUGUUGAUUCUUUUAUAUGUUUUUGCAAUUUAUUAAAUAGACAGUGCCAGUUAUCAUUUUUUAGGAUAGAACAAAAAAUGAUGACUACGUAUUAUUCAGUUUAUGAAGAAUAUUUCAAAGAAAAUUUACCGAAAUUAUUUGCACUGUUUGUCAAGCAGAAUUUAAGCCCUGAUCUUUAUUUAGUCGAUUGGCUCUAUACAUUGUACAGCAAAUCUUUGCCAUUAGAUGUUGCUUGUAGAGUGUGGGAUGUUUAUCUCAGGGACGGAGAAGAAUUUUUGGUAAAAACAGCUUUAGGUAUUCUUAGAAUGUAUGAAGACAUAUUGUUAGAAAUGGAUUUCAUUCAUCUUGCACAAUUUCUUACCAAACUUCCGGAAGAUAUCGAUUCAGAAAAACUGUUCAGUUCCAUUAGUGCCAUUCGCAUGACUCUGAAUAAGAAAUCAUUUUCUAAUUUGCUUCAGUUACACAUUGCAAACCUAUCCAAUUCUUAG